AUGGAAUCAUCAGGACAAAAUCCCCCAAGGGAAAACCAUACCAGAGUAGUGGAAUUCAUUUUGAUCAGUUUUUCUGAUGUGCCUGAACUUCAAGGAUUUCUUUUUGGAGUGUUUUUGAUCAUCUAUGCAACAAUUUUGAUGGGAAAUAGCCUCAUUCUCAUAAUAACCAAGAUUGACGCUGCACUCAAUACCCCCAUGUAUUUUUUCCUCAGUAAUUUUUCUUUCUUGGAAAUUUGCUUUGUGACAGUGACUGCCCCCAGAUUAUUAGCAGAUCUUCAAAGACAAAACAGAAGUAUUUCCUUUGUGGCCUGUGCUAUCCAAAUGUAUUUUUUUCUGAUCUUGGGUGCUACCGAGUGUUUCUUUCUCACCGUCAUGGCUUAUGACAGGUAUGUGGCCAUUUGCAACCCCUUGCUCUACCAUCUCAUCAUGAACAAUAGACUGUGCCUUCAACUGGCAACUGUAUGUUGGGUCAGUGCCAUUCCAGUAUACACCGGCUUCACCUAUCACGUCUUCUCUUUGUCCUUCUGUGGUUCUAACCAGUUAAACCAUUUCUUCUGUGAUAUACCACCAGUAGUUCAGCUUGCUUGUGGGGACGUAUUUAUGACUGAGAUGUUGGUUUACAUGAUAGCUGUUCUUGUUGCUGCCACUCCUUUUACAUUAAUACUGUGCUCCUACGUGAAUAUUAUCUCCACCAUCCUGAAGCUGCCAUCAGCAACUGGGAGAGCCAAGGCCUUCUCGACUUGCUCUUCUCAUCUCACCGUUGUGAUUUUAUUCUUUGGAUCGGGCAUCAUCGUGUACUUUAAGCCAAUAUCAAGUCCCUCCACAGGGAUGGAAAAAAUACUUUCCCUUAUAUAUACCAUUGUCAUACCCAUGUUUAACCCCAUGAUAUAUUGUUUGAGAAACAAAGAUGUUACGAUGGCACUGAGGAAAUUUCUCCUGAAAUGCAAUGACUCAAAGGCAUAA